UAAGCCGUCACCAAAAUGAAACUGCUUGGUUCUCUUAACAAGUAACAUAAUUGGUGCUCUUGCGUGUUUGAAUUCUCUCUCUCUCUCUCUCUCUCUCUCUCUCUCUCUGUGUGUUAGUGUGCAGGCAGCCAUGGGAAGAGCUCCUUGCUGUGACAAGACUAAAGUGAAGAAAGGACCAUGGUCUCCUGAAGAAGAUGCCACUCUCAAGAACUACCUUGAGAGUCAUGGCACUGGUGGCAAUUGGAUUUCUUUGCCUCAGAAAGCCGGGCUGAGGCGUUGCGGGAAGAGUUGUCGUCUGAGAUGGCUGAAUUACCUAAGGCCAGACAUCAAACAUGGAGGUUUUACUGAAGAGGAAGACAACAUCAUUUGUACCCUCUAUACUAAAUUAGGCAGCAGAUGGUCUGUCAUAGCCUCUCACCUACAAGGAAGAACAGACAAUGAUGUGAAGAAUCACUGGAACACCAAACUCAAGAAGAAGCUUUUGGCAGCUGCUGCCAAAACCAACAAUUCAAUCCCUCUCAUCAACAACAACAACAACCCCAGUGAUUUUUAUGGCUCAUCAACACCUUCAAUGGAAUCAUAUAAUGCUCCUCCUAGUUUUCCAUCUCUUUUCAAUCAAAAUUCUCCACCAAUCUUCAUUAAUUAUGGGCUAAACAUCAAUGCCCAGAACUUGAUUCAUCACUACCCUCUUUCUGAACUUGGUGAAGCGUGUGAAUUCAAUGCAAGUGCGAAGAAAAGCAACAUUUCAGGCUUGUCUUCUUCGUUUGCGAUGGAGAGCAAUCACGAGGGAUGGUCCGGUGGAGAUGUCGGGUUUUCAAUGGAUAUGGGCAGCACUGGAUGUCCUCAAGAUGUUGUCAAUGGAGUUUGGUCGAUUCAAGACACAGUUGGUGAAUUUGGAAACUCAUAUCCAAGUUUGGUUAGCUCUUUUUAUGUUGACACUAAGCCACAAGGAGGACUACCGUAUCAAAGUGUCACAAACCAGUACUGAAAUGAGGCACACGAGUUUCUUGGUUCUCAAAUUGUUUUUUUGUUUAUCUUUUCUAACACAUUUCUAAUCAUUAAAUUAUAUAUCGAGAUUUAGGCAUUUUGAGAUUGUUAUAUAAUUUGAUGGUUGAAAAUGUAUUAGAACAUGAAAGUAAAAGAGAUUUGAGUAUGGAGAAUUGUUAGCUAAAAUGGAGGAAUAUUUGGGCUUAGUAAGAGAUUGACUACUAUUUGUUUAAGCUACUUGAUAUAUACAAUCAGCAUAUUUAUGUAAAUCAAAUUU